AGACUGUUUGAGAUAACACCAAAAGUUAGCUAACUCACCAGAUAGGCGACUAAAUUGUUAUUGUAUUAAUAGGUCUAAAAGUAUCGUAGCAAUGGCAGUGCGUCAAUAAAUAGCACAGUCCCCUGUCUUCAAGCUAACUUAGCUAACGCCAACGAAAUGGAAUUUAGUAGCGUUGAGUAGUUGCCUGGCAUAUCUUGGCCAUUGUUUAGGCAUGUAUAGAACAAUCCAGUUAAACUUUUCUAGCUAGCUAACCUUUGUCGCACGGGCCUCGGGCUAUUCCCGUGAUACCCCUGUAUUUAUCACCAUGAAACGUUAUUUAGACUAUUGUGUAAAUGAUCUAAGCCAUAUUAAAAUAAUACAUAAAUGGGACUGAGUAACAGUGAAAUUUUGGGGCCAAACGAUCAUUUCAGUUCAAUAGGGUGAGGUCAACAGUGGUCGACUGGGAUGUUCCGAUUGUAUAGGGUCCUUUCCCGUCUAAUUCCACAUGGGGGCACUGGUGCAUGGUGAAAUCUGGGCUAAUUUAGCCUGAUUACUUCUGCAUUGAAGCAUGACUGAAGGAAAUGGAUAAAGUGGCUUAUGUCAUUGAGAAAGACCUACCCGUUCGUGUUUCUAUCUGUUUAGUAAUCACUGAAGCAAUUACUGAGGCCUUUUUUGAAGAUUAGAGAUGGAAGGAGAUGAUUGCAGUUUUCCUCCAGACUCAUCAGAUGAUCACUCGCAAAGAGGAAGUGUUGCUUCUUCUGCAACACUUUCCCGUGCUCAAGAUGUGCUAAUAUACCUGUUUGGUGACAGUGCAGUCCACUUAUCUGUAGAAGGGCUAGGCAGUGUCACUGUGCAGGAGCUGGGCCGCGGUGUUCGUGAGGCUCUCCGUAUUCCUGAGUCUGCACAGGAUGCUUUUGCCUUCUGGUUGUGUUCUCCACUGCUCGAAUUGCAGUUAAAGGUGAGGCAUCAACCCUACAAACUUUGUCGGCAGUGGCAAGACCUGCUGUAUCGCUUCACUGAGGCCUCAGAGGAAGACAUUUCACAAGAUGAGCCAUGCCUCCAAUACAGACGGAAUGUGUUUUAUCCUAAAUCUAAAGAGCUGCAGAUCGAGGAUGAGGGAGUGCUGAAACUUCUGUAUGAGGAGGCCAGGAACAACAUCCUCACAGGUCGAUACCCCUGCGAUCCUGAGCACUGGACAGGUCUUGGAGCCUUGUCUCUUGCUCUUGAUGAGGGAACUGGUCUGGACAGCCAACAGUUUACAUAUACUAUAAGAGAGAAGAAGCUGUCCUCUUUUCUGCCUGCACAUGUUGCCAUUGGGAGUGGAGGUUUACUCUCCACUCUGAGAGGGAAGUCGAGCCGUCAGGCAGGGCUGGAGCAGAACCUGUUGGAGGAGUACAGAAAGAUCAGCACAUCUGCUGGAAACCCUCCUGAGCCCACACAACUCCUACACCAGUACCUCAACACAUGUCAUACUCUGCCUUAUUAUGGGUGUGCUUUCUUCUGUGGGGAGAUUGACAAACCAGUGCAAGGGAUCCUCCAAAGGGGAAAACGCAAAGCUGUCAACAUAGGGAUCUGCCUGGAGGGAGUUUAUGUGAUAGAUGUCAAAGAGAAGCAUGUACUGCUUGGCCUGCGUUUCAGUGAGCUCUCCUGGGACCACAGCUACCCCGAGGAGGAGGGGGACUCACACAUUCUCUGGCUGGAGUUUGAUGGAGAGGAAGACGGCACUCCUGUCAACAAGUUACUAAAGAUCUACUCAAAACAAGCAGAGCUAAUGAGCGGCUUCAUUGAGUUCUGUGUGGAGCUGAAGUCUGCGGCUGAGGGAGGAGCUUCGGCUGAAACAGACGGUGAGGUGAGUCUGUCUCAGCAGCCCGCCGGGCAAGAUGGCAGCAGCAAGAACGGACGGGGUGGACGGCGCGGGAUGCUACACAGGCAAAGCAGUGUUGUGUGCAGUCGUGUCCACUCACUUAACACUAUCAGCUACGUGGACAAUGGAAAAGAAAUCAAACGCUUGAAGCCGAAAAGAGCUGCGUCCUUCUUCACCCGACAGGCGUCUGCACCCACGUACUCUGCUGUGCAAGUGACAGAGAGUCUGGAGCAGGGAUAAACUCACUGAUCAUCUCUGACCCGUUCCUCUCAAAGACCAAACCUGAACAUUUUACACUGAGAUUUAAAGAAAAGACUUGAUACGAGUUUGAGACAUUUAACCGAUAAUAUAUGAACAUGCAAAGGACCAAGCUAGGGAUCUAAGUGCGUGCGACGAUAUUUAUCUUUUGAAGUUGUGUAGAUUAAAAGAGUACAGCAAUGUGAAAAAGAAAAAGAUCUAUUAACAGCUAUGCUUCCCAGGUUAAACUGAAGUGGCUAUUCAUUAGAUGGCCUCACAUAAAGGAAAAUAUUCUCUGAGCACCAUGUGAUGGACUUCCUUCAUACGUCUGAGACAAGCCUUAGAGAAACCCUCAGAUGAUGACUGUGUGACAUCUCAUGACCUUUUUGACCUUUCUGCAGCGCUCUGGAGAAGUUUUUACUCCUACUAUUCAAAAACUUUAAACCUAAAAUGAGUAUAACCACUGCAUUACCUCUUUUUACUUUAACUCUCCUUGGGGAUUGAACACCAAGAACAUCGCAAUAUACCCCCUUAUACAAUAAACAUGCUCCUCAGAUCUGUAAGAGUUAACAGAAGCUCUUUACAGUCAGCAUGAGAGACACUUUCAGGGGACGAUAUAAGGGCAUGUUCCCACUAUUCUGCUUUUUUAAACUGCCAGUGCCUUGUUCUCAUGAAAGGGUGAAGCCACUUUAAAAAAGUACUGGUAGAAAUGUUUAGUGUGUGGUGUUACUGAUCUUAAAAAGUCUGUAUGGGAGCUCAUUGGCUGUAUUGUGGAAGAUUCUUGUAUGUUCAUGUAUUUAAGAGUUUGACAUAAUUAAUAUUUGAUGUUAUUUGCAGCUAGUUAUUAUGGAAAGAAAAUGCAAGUGGCACAUCCCACAUUUUAAAAAGAAUUUUUAUUUGUAAAAGCAGAAUAGUGUGAAUUUGGUCGAAACGUGAAAUAACAGGAUAAAACAGGCGUUUUACAGAAUCCAGUUGUAGAAGCCAGAAUUGCAAGUUCAUAGUAUUAAGUGUUCAUUGGGGAGCAUAAGUUAAUUCACUCCAAUGAAAGAAUCAAAUCAGUCAAACUACCCAAACCAUAUAGUAAGUUAAAAAAAAAAAAAAAAAGAACUGACAAUUACUCUAAUAAAAGCUUUCGUCCCAAGCAAUUAACGUACUGUACCAUGCUGCUAUUCCUGCCACUAAAUAGUCUGCAGUUGCUUUCGAGUUUGCAUAUCCAAGUUAAUAUUCCUAAUCAGCACCAUCAGUACAAGUGACAUCCAUGCACAGGUCUGGACUUGACUCUCACUGGCUUGGUCAGACCUGAUUAGCAAAGUAAAACUGAUGCAAUAUCAUUCUUCUGCAACGUCUGACAUGAGAGAGACUAAAAUAAAAGAAACCUUGCUGUUAAACUGUUAUCAGCACUACAUUACACAAAAAAAUUCAAACUUCAAACUGCAACUUAAAAUGUAUAAGUUUUGGAUAGCCAUUUUAAAUGAUUGUUUUUCUCACAAACACAAUCAUGGUUGACAUUUGAAAUAGGGCAGGGAACACUAUCUUUGUAUAAUGUUGUUGACGCCCUGUUUUUCUGCUGUGUGACAAUCUAUUUCAAACACUCCCGUGGGUUUUUUUCAGGAGAAAACCAUGUAACUAGUCAUGGUAGAAAGUAGGACAAUUUUUUCAACCCAUAAAGAAAAAUUCAAUGCCCAAGUUUAUCUGAUAAAUUCAAAACCAUUUAAUUCUGAGAUAUGUGGUUGUCACUUCACAGUGACAGUCUACUCUGUGUAUAUAGCAGGGAUGAACUGACCAAGAACCUUUGACUAUGCUGUUGAAAUCUACAUCUGUACACCAAAGCAAGCCUAUCUAACAUGCUGCAACACAGUAUGCUACCUUAACGCUCCAGAGACGGAUUUCAGUCUCCACCUGGCAGAGUCCCUCCAGGUGUCUCUCUGAACUUCACCCCCAAUGCUGAUACAGGCAGUUUCUGUCUCUGCUGUACAUUUAACAGAUACGUUCACCUCAGAAAUGGCCGUGAAAGAAGUUAUACAUCUAUAUAACACUGCCAUAUCUCCUCAUUUGACAUGUGGUGACAUCAUGUACUCUUCCUGAUUCUCCUGUGCAUGCAAACUGCAGAAUGUUCUUACAUUUCUAUGCUUUUGACUUGUAUGUCAGCUACUGUCUGUACCCUAACUGCAGCAGUCCAGUAUAUUGUUGCUAAUGUACACUAUGCAUGUCACAUUGUAGAAUAGGCAUUCCGACAGAUGACACAUUAUGUGAUUCUGCACUAUUAAUACUAAUACACUGUUUUUAAAUCUUUUACAUCUGCAGAUUGUUUUGUAUUGAUUGUUAGUAUCUAUGAGAGAAUAUUUUUACUUUGUUUUUUCAUAUACUUGACAGUGUUUGUACACUAGAAUGAAGAGGUCAUUUUAAGCAUUAUCUUCUCAAGCAAUCACUUUGCAGAAACAUAAAGUGCCUUUUUGUUUGUUGUAAGUUGGCAUCUGAAUGACUGCAUUGGUGCUUGGAAACCAGGAAUGUUGGUAGUGCUAUGGUUUAAAAAAAAAUGAUUUGUGUUUUGUAAUGUAUUUCCCACAUUUUCAACUAGACAAUGCAUUUCAUCUUUCUUAGCGGAUGUGAGUAUAUAGAUAAACUGGAUAACUACACUGGGCUGCCUGUUGAACAGUGUAUGGUGAUUCCUUUCAGUGCAGUGGACAGUCAGUUCUGCCUUCAUUGAAAUAUGUCCGAUAUGUUGUUUUUUUUUUCUUUUUAAUAAACAGAUGCAAAGUG